GCACCUCCAGCCACAAGACAUGUCCUGCUACAGCCCCUGCCGGCCCUGCCAGCCCUGCGGCCCGACCCCGCUGGCCAACAGCUGCAAUGAGCCCUGUGUCAGGCAGUGCCAGGACUCCACCGUCGUCAUCCAGCCCUCCCCCGUGGUGGUGACCCUGCCCGGACCCAUCCUCAGCUCCUUCCCACAGAACACCGCCGUGGGAUCCUCCACCUCCGCUGCCGUUGGCAGCAUCCUCAGCUCUGAGGGAGUGCCCAUCAGCUCCGGGGGCUUUGGCCUCUCUGGCUUGGGCAGCCGCUUCUGCGGCACCAGGUGCCUCCCCUGCUAAAGCUGAUGGAGAUGGUCCUGGGGAAGGUCCCCAGGGACCCACAGGAUGGUACUGGACUGGGGACAGAGCAUUGUGUUGUUGCUUUCUGGGGGUCUGAGCAACCCCAGCACCCCUUGCAGAAGGACGGGUCCAGCCUGGGCUCUCAGAAAGCACGGCCCAUGCCUGCCUUUCCCCUCUUCCACUCUCUCCUUUCCCUCCCGUGUCCUUGCUCUCUUGUGCUGCCCUGGGCUGUGAGCCCCACAAAGCCAGCCUGGGGAGGACCUGCUGGCCCUGCUCCCUCUCUGGGGCAGGCCGAUGGACACCUGGUGGGAUCUCUGCCACAGCCAUGGGACACAGACUCCUUUCUGCCCCUGGUGCUCCCUGUACUGGGACUUCCACCCAGAGCAAUUCUAUUUGCCUCUUUUGACUCAAUAAAGUUCUGCUGCAUCCCA